GCUUAUCGAUAGCAGGAUCGACGAGUCACUUCUGCUCUAUCCAUGCGCGAACGGCCCUAAAUUUUAAAACGGGUGUGUGACUUUUCUCUCUCUAUCUCUCUCUCUCUGCAACACCCACCAUUGUGCACCGCCCGAGUCUUGUUUUCUUUCUUGAAUAUAUCACAAUGGCGUUCCGUGCUCCUCUGCGACUGCAAUUGGCCAAGUGCCAGCCGCUUCUGGCCAUCUCCUCGCGCGGCAACGCUCGUGCGGUGUCUUCUGCUGCGACGGCCGCCUCGAGCCUCCCGGAGGACGUCAAGAGCAGCAUCGCAAGCCAAGCCUCUUUACCGAACCCUGAUCCGACCGAAGACUCGGCGAGCGCCGCCCUCGUACGCGAACAUGCGCCCUACAUGGUCGCCACCUACGCCCGCCCACCGCCCGUAUUCGUAAAAGGCCAGGGAUCUGUGCUCUGGGACAUCGAGAACAGGCAGUACCUCGACUUCACCGCCGGCAUCGCCGUCAACUCCCUGGGCCACUGCGACCCGGAGCUUACCAAGCUCUUGACCGAGCAGGGCAGCACCCUCAUGCACGCAUCGAACCUCUACUACAACCCCUGGACCGGCGCCCUCUCCAAGCUCCUGGUUGAGAAGACCCGCGAGGCCGGCGCUAUGCACGACGUCAACUCCGUUUUCAUCUGCAACUCGGGCUCCGAAGCCAACGAGGCCGCCAUCAAGUUCGCCAGGAAGGCCGCCAAGGUCGGCCAGACCUCGGGCGACAAGUACGAGAUCGUCUCGUUCAACAACGCCUUUCACGGCCGCACCAUGGGCAGCCUGUCGGCCACCCACAACCCCAAGUACCAGGAACCCUUUGCGCCGAUGCUGCCCGGCUUCAAGCUCGGCACGUUCAACGACGUCACGGCCAUCAACGACGUCGUCACGGACAAGACGUGCGGCGUCAUCGUCGAGCCCAUCCAGGGCGAGGGCGGCGUGACGCCCGCGACAGACGAGUUCCUCAUCGCCCUCGCCAGGCGCUGCCGCGAGGUCGGCGCCGUCCUCAUCUACGACGAGAUCCAGUGCGGCCUGUCGCGCACCGGCGCGUUCUGGGCGCACGCCCACCUGCCCAAGGAGGCGCACCCGGACAUCAUCACCACCGCCAAGGCGCUCGGCAACGGCUUCCCCAUCGGCGCCACCAUCGUCAACGGCACCGUCUCGGACAAGAUCAAGGUGGGCGACCACGGCACGACCUUUGGCGGCAACCCCCUCGCCUGCCGCCUCGCCCACAACAUCGUCUCCCGCCUCGCCGACCCCGGCCUGCAGAAGGCCGUCGCCGCCAAGGCCGACAUCUUCAAGACCCGCUUCGACGCCCUGCGCGAGCGCUUCCCCGACCUGAUCAAGGAGGUCCGCGGCCGCGGCCUCAUCCUCGGCCUCCAGCUGACCCAGGACCCCGCGCCCAUCGUCAAGGCCGCCCGCGAGCGCGGCCUGCUGGUCAUCACCGCCGGCACCAACACCCUGCGUUUCGUGCCCCCUCUGACCAUCACGGAGCAGCAGAUCCAGCAGGGCUUGGACAUCUUGGAGGAGGCCAUCUCCGUCACCCGCUCAUGAACACCUCCCUUACUCUCUCACGCGUGAUAGGACUUGAAUCCCCCAUGUAAUUAAUCAUUUGGCGCCGGCGUUUAAAAGAACAACCUCCCUACGAACCCUAGACUUAGAUUCCACACCUUGCAAGGCAGCGGCAGUUUAGGCCAGCGAUAAUUGUCUCUUCACACGUCUGUUUCGAUAUGGGCUCAUUGAGCAUCUUGAAUAUCAAGGAACGUCUAUUGAGCGAGCCGCUCAAAUGUAUAUGACCGUCAGCUUUUACGUGUAUUUGCAAAGGUUGUUGACUAAACAUUUGUGACGAAGAAAGAAAGAAAGAAAGAAAGAAAGAGCGAAUGUAAAAAUACCCACUUUGCACCUGCCUCGCCGUUCCUGCCC